AUGAUGGAAUUGAAAGGACCCACAUCGCCAGCCCUUGCUCCGGACGCGAUGCCACCAUUCAGAAAGGAUCCCUCUGUACGCCAGCGUGCCCAACUCUUGCUCGAAUCCCAUUGGCGACCUGAAGCCGUAGCUGCGGAUGCCUGUUCCAGUGUAUCGACGGCGUAUCGAUGGGAGCGGAACCUUGCUAUCUAUGGUGACACCGUGAUCCCUCGUGACAGGUACAUUCAUACACAAGGGCGAUGCCGCAGCCUCUCACCUGCUGCUUUAGACGCUCUUCUUGACUACCAGCGUCAAAAGCCGUGGCUGUAUCAAGACGAAUUGGCGCAGUUCUUGAAAGAGGAGUGGGAUGUCGAGGUCCACAAGUCCACCGUCUGCAGGGCUCUGAAAAGUACGUUCUCUACAAUUUUCUAUGAAUGGCGCUAA